UUUAAGACGAGAUAUGCUGUUGUUGUACAUUCGAAUCUUUCCGAACUCGCCAUCUUCUCUCAUCCGUCCUUUCUCGACUUCCUGCAAGAAGACGAACAUGACCGGCAUCGGACAACCACGUCCAUCUCUCGGUCCAAAUAGGUCGAGUACUUCAACCGUAUUCCAAGUUCGUUCCUUAGCCGAUACUUCCCCCAGCAAUAUCAAAAGCGAAACGAGGACAGCGUCUUUUCCAUCAGAGACAGACAUCGAUGUCGAAGCGCAACCAUCCACCUCCCUCAAUCGGUGGACUAAGCGCGAUCGAUCUCCAAGGUCAAAAGCAACCGACUUACCGGACAUAGGGAAUGGUAUACGACACCGACGUGUAACUUUGUCAAAUAGUAGCUCGAGGCGGAAUUCGGAUCAAUAUCGCUUAUUGAAUACUUCGACAGCGGUCGGGACAGGUGACGAGCCUGGCGUGGAUGUGAAAAGCAAGAGGGAUCAGAAGAACUAUGGACAUCUGAAAGGAAAAACACGUAUCAGAGUCGUCGACUAUUGUUCAAAUCCAGAUCAAGAUUGUAUGAACCAAAGUUCAGACUUUCCUGGAGAAAAGCUGCAAGAGUGGCUCGAUAGUGGGCAUGGGAAGCGGCAGCUGGAUGAAAAUGAUAAACCUAUCGGAGUCAGAUGGAUACAUGUUGAUGGUGUGAAUUGGGAGGUUGUAAAGACUUUGGUUUUACAUUUUGGUCUACACCCCCUGGCCGUGGAAGAUUCUCUCGAAGCACCGGACUCUCCUCGCUCCAAACUCGACUUCUACAAAGAUCAUCUCUAUCUCCAACUACUUAUCCACCACAGUCAAAUCUUUGAAGGAGACGAGCUUGACAUGUUAGCAGAUGAUAUGGCUGAGGGAACUUACGGGAAGGGGCAAGGGGGGAUACAUCUAGGUAAGGAGAGGCGGUUCUCGCAGCGAGUGAGAGGGGUGUUUGAAGGGGACCACAAGAAGCCGAGGUUGCCUGAGGGUGUUCAAGGGGCAUUUGAGCCUAGUAUGAUUUCUCCGAGGCGAACGAUAGGGAUACACCGAACUCCAGAGAAGCAAGCACAUAAGCUCACUGUUGAAGAACUGAGUGCAGAUUAUAUGGUUCCUAUUCGCCGGAGUAUUCUGAGCAUCUUCAUGUUGAGAGAUGGGACUUUGAUCUCGAUGGAUGCUAAACCUACAAAAGAGGUUCUGUCACCUAUUUAUACAAGACUAGAGGACGAGCAGAGUCUGUUACGGAGAUCAGGGGAUGUUAGUAUGCUGGCACAGGCUAUCCUAGAUACUGUUGUUGAUCUUGCCAUCGAGGUAUCCCAAAGGUUCGAGAACGAGAUCUUGAAGCUCGAGGCUUCAGUCCUCGUUGACCCAGAGAUGGAAACUGUUCGUCACCUUCAUGUACUCUCCUCCCAACUAAUACGCCUUCGCCGUGCUCUCACACCACUUCUGCAUUUGUGUUACGUCAUCCGUGACCAAGAUAUUCAACGUUCAGUUGCCGCCAGCGCGGUGGGUCGGGGUUACGGGGGUGAGGGGAAUGGGAAUGGGAACGGGCAUGGGAGGGAACAGGAUGGAUUAGGACAUAGUUCCAGCAUUGCAUCUGGAACAGGAGGAGCUAUGGGUGCGGGGGCGGGAUACAACCCUUUCUCACCUCAUUCAGGAAGCUCCCAGCACUCACAAGCUAUGCCAUUGGCUGAAAUCCCUCAUUUUGCUCAGCCUCAACCACAGCCAUUCAUGCCUUCCCAUAAUAUCGCACCCACUGCACCACCUACAUCCUCCAUUUCCCGUGCCGCCUCCCGUUCCGACACUCCUGUUCCCGGUGUUGCCCUCAGAGCAAAGCAGUCAGACGCCGACGCAGCCUCGAUCUUGUCGAUGAUGAACCUCCACCAGUCACAUAGGAACCUCGCAGCUUUGGGAGCGCCGCAUCUGGGUGUAGAUGUAGGGGCGGCUAGCUUGGGAUUCUUCUCCCCAUUGACGAAAGUCUAUAUUGAGGAUGUGAUUGAUCAUUUGGAGAUCAUUGUGGGAAGUUUGGAGCAAUUUGUGUCGACGUGUGAUCAUUUGACAGAUUAUGUCUUUAAUGUCUUAAGUUUCCAAACGAAUGCUUCAAUGGAAAGAUUGAGCAUCGUCACUGUUGUUUUCUUGCCUUUGACUUUCAUUGCCUCCUAUUUUGGUAUGAACUUCACAGGCUUCGAUCAAAUCGAAGGCCCUGUCUCUUACUUCUGGAAGGUUGCCGUCCCUUGCACUGUCGCUUUCUUCAUCGUAUUCUCAUUCGGAUACAUCAAGAGAUUCGGCGUUACGACUACUAGAAGGUUUGCAAGGUGGAGAAGAGCGAGAGCUCUUAGUGUCAAUUUGAGGAAGUCUGCUGGAGAUCGGGAAAGAAAAGGGAGUUGAACAGAAAAGUUUUGGGAAACUGUCGUUCUGUUACGGAAGCGGUUUUGGGCCUUCGGACUGAGGCAAGUAUACUUGGAGCCAGGUAUUAUUCCAUAGCUAUGCAUCUAAGGGUUAUAGAGGUUGC